AUGGACAUUUCACGAGUCGACCAAGGGACCUCCACCCCCAACAUCACCACCUCUGUCAAUCCCGUCAUGCACGCCAUCUCAUCCUUCGUGCUCCUGGGCACAUAUGCUGUCCAGGUAGUGCUUGGUCGUCCCAAUUCCCUCGCAAGACGUGCCAAUGUCGACUCCUUCAUUGAGGCCGAACGCCCAAUCGCCCUUCGGGGAGUCCUCCGCAACAUAGGCCCGGAUGGUGAGUUUGUCCGUGGUGUCGGCCCAGGUGUUGUCAUCGCGUCUCCGUCCACCGUGGACCCGGACUACUUUUACACCUGGACCCGAGACAGCGCCCUCGUGCUCAAGUGCUUGACGGAUAUUUUUGCCAACAAGUACGACGCCGGGCUCCAGUCGACCAUCACUCAGUUCAUCACCAGCACGGCCCAGGUGCAACGCAUCGACAACCCUUCCGGACCCUUGAGUGACGGCUCUGGUCUGGGCGAGCCCAAGUACAACGCCAAUCUCUCUCCGUACCUCGGCUCUUGGGGAAGACCGCAGAGGGACGGGCCUGCGUUGAGGGCCACUGCCUUGGUUGCCUAUGCAAACUGGCUCAUCGGGAACAACUACACGAGCACUGCCCGUGACAUUGUGUGGCCUAUCCUGAGGAAUGACUUGAACUAUGUGGCCCAGUACUGGAACAGAACUGGGUUUGAUCUUUGGGAGGAAGUUCAAGGCAGCUCAUUCUUCACGACUGCCGCUCAGUACAAAUCUCUGAUCGAGGGAGAUGCUUUGGCCAAAAAGCUUGGAACGACAUGCUCUUUCUGUGGGAAUAUCGCCCCUAAUAUCCUCUGCUUCCUGCAGAGCUUCUGGACUCCAGCCGGCAACUACAUCGUCUCAAACACCAACACGGGCACCAAUCGCUCCGGUAAAGACGCCAACAGCAUUCUGACAUCGAUUCACUCGUUCGAUCCCUCGGCUGGCUGCGACGAGCUUACAUUUCAGCCUUGCAGUGCAAAGGCCCUUGCAAAUCACAAGGCCGUUGUUGACUCGUUCAGAUUCUACCCCAUCAACUCUGGGAUCCCAGCCGGCCGAGGAUUGGCUGUUGGUCGUUACUCGGAAGACGUCUACUACGGUGGCAACCCAUGGCACCUGACCACGCUUGCGGCCGCAGAACAGCUCUACGAUGCCGUAUACGUAUGGAAACAGAAAGACCGGCUUGAGGUUACUAGCAUAUCCCUCCCGUUUUUCCGUGAUCUUUCGUCGUCCAUUGCCGUCGGAAGCUACGCAUCCGAUUCAGCAACCUUUACCCAGAUCGUCAAUGCAGCGCUAGCCUACGCAGAUGGCUUCAUCGAGGUCGUGCAACGCUAUGCCGGCGCCAACGGGUCUCUGGACGAGCAAAUCGACAAAAACAACGGUAGCCAGCGCUCGGCACGCGACCUGACUUGGUCGUAUGCAGCGUUCCUGACCGCCGCGGACCGCCGUGCCGGAGUUGUUCCGCCCUCGUGGUUCGUGCCGGCCAGCCUUCCCGGUUCGUGCUCUACGGGCUCACAGCAGGGAGUCUACUCGGCCGUGACGCCCGCCCCGUUCCCGGCAUCUCAGACGCCCAUCACCGGCGCGCCACCUGUCACCCCUACCACAACGGCGCCUCCAGGCGGUUGCACGACGGCGCCCGUAGUGGCGGUGACGUUCAGCGUGCUGGUGACGACGACGCCAGGUGAGACGAUCAAGAUCGUAGGUGACAUUGAAGACCUGGGCAAGUGGAACCCACAGAACGGCAUCGCCCUUGACGCGAGCGACUACACUGCCAAUAGGCCACUGUGGAAGAAGCCUAUCACUCUCAAGGCGGGCCAGGUUGUGCAGUACAAGUUUGUCAACGUGGCGAGCGGUGGGGCGGUCAGGUGGGAGGCUGAUCCGAACCGGGUGUACACGGUACCCAGUUCGUGUGCCACUGCUGUUGCCGUGGAGGGGCGGUGGCAGGUAUAG